CGAAGCCCUCGCUGGUGUCACCGAGGCGCGUGUCACACCGGCAUAUAAAGUGACCUCGCGCCGCGUCUUUAUAUCCUGUCUCGAACAUACACAUGCGCUUCGCGAGCAGCGGUGUCACAGCGCUCGUGAAAUAUUUCUCUUUCCUUACUCUUGUGACUUGCAGCGGGGCACAUGAGAGCUUCAGACAUUUGUACGGUCUGAAACAAAGACGUGUUUCUGCGAAAGAGAAACAGACAGGCUUUAGUGGUUCCUGGAGAACAGUGAGAUGCAGUGAGAGACUUGCCAGGCACUUUUCACUUUAUGUGUCACUGAUGGUUCGGCUCGUCGACUCCUAUGAAGACCACACAUAUUAAUAAUUAUAAGGACAAUGGAUAACUUUUUCACUGAGGGUUGUCGUGUGUGGCUCUGGGUGGAAGAUCAUUAUGUGCCCAGUACUGUGGACUCGUGCUCUGGUGGAGUGGUGGUCUUUAACACCGACUAUGGACAGGUGUACACCUAUAAACAGAAUGCAGUGAGCAGGCAGAGAGUGUAUCCAAUGCACAGCAGCAGUAACACUGGGGUCGAGGACAUGGCAACCCUACAGGACCUGCACGAUGGGGCUAUUCUACACAACCUGCACCUGCGCUACACACAGAAGAGCAUAUAUACAUAUAUCGGCUCUAUUUUAGCAGCAGUAAACCCAUAUCAGUGUCUGUCUGAGCUGUAUGAUGUCACAGCAGUGAAACGAUACAGUCGACAUCACCUGGGUGAGAUUCCACCUCACAUCUACGCCAUAGCUAACGAAUGCUACAGAUCACUGUGGAAACGCUCAAACAACCAGUGUGUGCUCAUCAGUGGGGAGAGUGGAGCAGGUAAAACGGAGAGUACGAAGAUGAUUCUGCGCUUUCUGUCUGCAAUGAGUCAGCAAAGUGUGGAGCUCUCAGCAACAAAGGCCGCAUCAUCUCAUGUAGAAGAGGCAAUUCUGGAGAGCAGUCCUAUAAUGGAGGCUUUUGGAAAUGCUAAAACGGUUCAUAAUAACAAUUCUAGUAGAUUUGGGAAAUUCAUCCAGCUUAAUUUCAGCCAGCACGGAAACAUCCAGGGAGGAAAGAUAACAGACUACCUACUAGAAAAGAAUCGAGUUGUGCGUCAGAAUCCUGGUGAAAGAAAUUAUCACAUAUUCUACGCUCUGCUGGCUGGAACCAGUGCAGAACAGAGGGAGACCUUCUCUCUCUCCCCGCCGGAGAACUUUCACUAUCUGGGUCAGUCAGGAUGUGUGAAGGACAAAGCCAUUAAUGACACUGAGACUUUUCAGGAAGUGCUGAUUGCUCUAAGGACGAUGCAGUUUGGAGAAGAGAACAUCAAGGAGGUUUUGAGACUCCUGUCUGGAAUUCUGCACAUAGGGAACAUUGAGUUUUUAACAGCAGGUGGAGCUCAGGUCUGCUCUAAAACAGCUCUGAGUAAAGCUGCAGAUCUCUUGGGGUUGGAUUGUUCCCAGCUGGCUGAAGUUUUGACCCACAGAUCCAUGAUCCUCAGAGGAGAAGAGAUCAGCACACCUCUUACUGUAGAGCAGGCGGUGGACUCACGGGACUCCAUGGCGAUGGCUCUCUACUCUCAAUGUUUCACAUGGAUCAUUCGUAAAUUAAACAGCCGUAUCAAUGGCAAUGAAGACUUUAGAUCCAUCGGCAUCCUGGACAUCUUCGGGUUUGAGAACUUUGAGGUGAACCGGUUUGACCAGUUCAACAUUAAUUAUGCAAAUGAGAAGCUACAGGAGUAUUUCAAUAAGCAUAUUUUCUCACUUGAACAGCUGGAGUACAACAAAGAAGGGCUGAUUUGGGAUGAUGUCAACUGGGUGGACAAUGGAGAAUGCCUUGAUCUCAUAGAAAAGAAGUUGGGUUUGCUUGCUCUCAUCAAUGAGGAGAGUCAUUUUCCUAAAGGCACAGAUGACACACUGCUGGAGAAACUCCACAGCCAACAUUCUAGGAAUCAGUUCUAUAUUAAACCCCGUGUUGCAGUUCAUCAGUUUGGAAUCAAGCACUAUGCAGGAGAGGUUGUGUAUGAUGUCAGAGGAAUCCUGGAGAAGAACAGAGACACUUUCAGAGAUGACAUUCUCAACUUACUCAGGGAGAGCAGGUUGGAUUUUGUGUAUGAUCUCUUUGAGCGAGUGAACACCUGGACAGGGCAGGACACAGCCAAGUGCGGCUCAAAGUAUCGCAGACCAACAGUUAGCUCUCAGUUUAAGAAUUCAUUGCACUCUCUGAUGUCCAACCUAAGUGCCUCCAAUCCGUUCUUUGUACGCUGUGUUAAACCCAACAACAACAAGAUGCCAAAUCAUUUUGAGCAGUCUGUUGUCCUCAACCAGCUGAGAUAUUCUGGGAUGUUGGAGACUGUUAAGAUCAGGCGCUCUGGGUUUCCAGUUCGGAGAACAUUCAAGGAUUUCUGCUUCAGGUACUAUGUGCUGAUGAGAGACGUGGCUUUGUCAGAUGACCUCAAGGGGCGGUGUCAACUCCUGCUGCAGCUCUAUGACAACAACAGUGCUGAAUGGCAGCUGGGAAAGACCAAAGUGUUCUUGAAGGAGAGUUUGGAGCUGCGGUUAGAGAAACAGAGAGAGAAGGAAGUGCUCAAAGCAGCAUCUAUUAUCCAAGCUUAUAUACUUGGCUACAGAGCACGGAGGCAAUACAGACGACUGUUGCAGUGCAUUGUGAUAAUUCAGAAAAGCUACCGAUCAUUUUAUUGGCGGCGACGCUUCCUGAUGAUGCGCUGGGCCACCAUCACCUUACAGAAGAGACUCAGAGGUCAAAGGGCACGACGGCUUUGCACUCACCUUCUGGAGGAGAAGAGGAGGAGAGAAGAAGAAGAGAAGAGGAGGAGAGAAGAAGAGGAGAAGAGAAGGAGAGAAGAAGAGGAGAAGAGACGAAGAGCAGAACAGGAGGCGCUAGAGAGAGAAAGACAGCAGCUGGAGUUGGAGCUCCUAGCACGAGCGGCAGAGGAGGCUCGAUUAUUGGAAGAGAUUCAAAAGGAGGAGAUUCAAAAUGUCUUACCUGAGAGUACCACACCAGACAGUAUUUCACCUGACACUGUCCCACCUGAGUGUGGCCUUGUACCAGAGCGGUCACUGGCGGAGCAGGUGUUUGACAAGGUGUUUGUGAGCGAGGCAAACCAAGCGUCACAAGUGGAGGAAAUCUUGCGUUUGGAGCGUGAGAUUGAAGAUCUGCGAAGGCAGAAGGAGGCUCAGGAGCAGAGUCUGACUGAGCAGUCGAUGCAGCGUCUGCAGUGGCUCCGUGAUCAGGAGCUGCGCAGGCUGGAAGAGGAGGCCUGCAAGGCUGCGCAACAGUUCCUUACCUCACUCAACUUCGAUGAGAUCGAUGAAUGCGUACGUAACAUCGAGAGCUCACUGGGGGGGUCCGGUGGCUCACAGCGGGGGGCAGAAAGAGGUGAGGAUGAAGAGGAAGUGGAUGAAGGCCUCGGGGUGGAGGAAGAUGGAUUUAAAGACUCGCCAAACCCCAGCGAGCACGGCCACUCCGAUGGGCAGCGUACCAGUGGAAUACGCACCAGUGAUGAUUCCUCGGAAGAAGAUCCUUAUGCUAAUGAUCGUAUGCCUCCACCACCAGUUCCGCCCACCAUCAUACCCUCAGCCUAUCACGGUCCAUCCUCCAGCAGCAGCUCCGCCUACUCUCAUGUGGUUCAGGAGGAGGAGGUGGAGCUAAUCCCACCGGAUGAAGACUCUGAUUAUGAUGCAGAUGAUUAUGAUGAGGGUGGCAUUAACAUGCAACCUCCCAGCCUCCCACCCCACAACGACCACUGGUCACGUGACCACCGCAGCUCCUUUGCAACCAGCACCAGUGUCAGCUCAGGGGCGUAUCGCUUCAGCUCAGAGGGGCAACAGUCUUCAUUUGAGGACAGUGAAGAUGACUUUGAUAGGGUUGACACAGACGAUGAAUCAUCUUACCGGCGGGAUUCUGUUUAUAGCUGUGUCACUCUCCCCUACUUCCACAGUUUCCUUUAUAUUAAAGGUGGACUGUUGAACUCGUGGAAGCGUCGCUGGUGUGUGCUGAAGGAUGAAACCUUUCUGUGGUUCCGCAGCAGACAGGAGGCUCUCAAACAGGGCUGGCUGCUCAAAAAGGGUGGAGGGUCCUCCACUCUCUCUCGUCGCAACUGGAGACGCCGCUGGUUUGUCCUACGACAGAGCAAACUCAUCUACUACGAGAACGAUACAGAGGAGCGGAUGAAAGGCAUGCUGGACAUGCACGAAGCCAAAGAGAUUAUUGAUGUAACAGGAAAGGAGAAUGGAAUUGACAUUGUAAUGCCCGGGAGAACAUACCACCUCAUUGCAGAAACCGCAGAAGAUGCCAGUCAUUGGUUCAGUGUGUUGAGUCAGGUGCACACAUCAACAGAACAGGAAAUACGAGAGAUGAAUGAUGAACAAGCAAAUCCUCAGAAUGCUGUGGGCACGAUGGACGUGGGGAUGAUUGAUUCUGUAUGUGCAUCUGACAACCCAGAAAAGCCAAACUCCUUUGUGAUAAUUACAGCUCAUCGGGUGCUACAUUGCAUGGCUGAAUCAGCAGAAGAAAUGCAUCACUGGAUUACACUGCUGCAGCGCACUAAAGGAGACACACGCGUACAGGGACAAGAGUUCAUUAUUAGGGGUUGGCUGUAUAAAGAGAUUCGGGGCAGCAGUCCUGGCAAUCUUAAACUGAAGAAGCGUUGGUUUGUGCUGACUCAUAAUUCUGUGGAUUAUUAUAAAAGCUCAGAGAGAAAUGCCCUGAAAUUGGGUUCUUUAGUGCUUAACAGCCUCUGCUCUGUGCUUGUUCCUGACGAGAGGGUCUUCAAGGAGACUGGCUACUGGAAUGUAAGCGUGUUUGGUCGUAAGCAUUCAUACAGGCUGUACUCUAAGCUGCAGACUGAGGCUAGCCGGUGGGCCAGCGCGGUGCAGACCGUCAUCGACAGCAAACCACUCAUGGACACACACACGCAACAACUUUUACAGGACAUCAAGGAGAACUGUCUGAAUUCAGAGGUGGUGGAGCAAAUCUAUAAGAGGAACCCAAUACUGCGUUAUACACACCACCCUCUGCACACUGCACUGCUGCCCUUACCCUAUGGAGACACACAGCACAGCUCUGACAAAGGGAGAAGCUACAGCACACUGCAGGCUGAAGCCCUGAAGCUCUUCAGUGUUCUUCAUCAGUUGGAGGGAGAGGCCAAUCCCAUACCACACAUCCAGAAUCUCCUGCAGACAGUUCAUGACCUCCGACCUCUUAGAGAUGAACUCUUCUGCCAGCUCAUCAAGCAGACAGCACACCCCCCAAAGCCAGCUGGACCCGCCCACAUCAGUGGCUGGAGAAUCAUGGCCUGCAUGUGCUGCACGUUUAGCCCAGCCUCUAGAAGCAUCCUCAAGUACCUGAAAUUCCACCUGAAGAGGACACGAGAGCUGUACCCUGGCACAGAGAUGGAUCGGUAUGCUACAUUUUCCCAAGACGCCUUGCGCCAUGUGCGUGGACGUGAGUAUGUUCCUUCACAAGAGGAGUUGCGGGCCAUUCUCAGCAGACAGGAAAUGACAUCAACAGUCUACUGCCAUGGCGGAGGGUCCUGCAAAAUCACCAUUAACUCGCAUACAACUGCAGGAGAGGUUGUUGAGAAGCUACUGAAAGGUCUCUCCAUGGAAGAUUGUAGGAACAUGUUCGCUCUGUUUGAACAUAACAACACCACAGACAGAGCCAUAGAGAGUAAGGCAGUGGUGGCCGAUAUCCUCGCCAAAUUUGAGAAGUUGGCAAGUAAAGAACAGGAAGGAGAGGGAUGGAAGUUCUAUUUUAAACUUUUUUGCUUCUCAGAACCUGAGAAUGUUUCCAGCGAAAGUGUGGAGUUUGCAUUCAUGUUCGAACAGGCUCAUGAAGCUGUCAUCAGAGGUCAGUAUCCAGCCCCAGAAGAGACUCUACAGUUCCUGGCUGCUCUUCGGCUGCAGUAUCUGUUAGGAGACUGCACUACCCAGAGUGCCAUGCCUGAGUUGGAGCAGGUGUUCCCUAUGUCCCGCCUGCUUGCUCGAGUCCAGCAGUCCGCACGGUGCUUUGCACCUGGCAACAGCAGUUCUACUCCAUCCACAGAAAGGAAAAGGGGAAGUUUCUUGGAGGGCACGCUCAGGCGGAGCUUCCGAGGGACACUGGGACGACAGCGCUCAGGGGAGGGGCAUGCAGCCAUAGAGGCAUGGUUGCAAGAUGAGAAGGCGGGGCUGAGGAGUUGUUUGAUGGAGAAAUGGCGUAAACUGCAGGGUAUGGAACAGGACCAGGCCAUGAACAAAUACAUGAGCCUCAUCAAAGAAUGGCAGGGAUAUGGCUCUACUCUCUUUGAUGUAGAGUGUGUAGAUGGUGUGUAUCCAGGAGAGCUGUGGCUGGGUGUGAGUCGUAAGGGGGUGUGUGUUUACAAGCGUGGGGAGGCUUGGCCCCUGGAAGUGUUCCCAUUUGAGGUUAUUCUGUCCUUUGGUGCUCCGCAGCCCAGCAUAUACAAGAUCAGUGUGGAGGGACGUGAGCUGCUCUUCAACACCAACAUGGUGAUGGACAUUGCAAAGCUCAUGAAGGCUUACAUCAGUCUAAUAGUGAAAAAACGCUUCAGCACUUGUCAAUCCAUCAGCAGCCAUGGCAGCAACUGGUGAUCUCUCACCCCUGACCUUUAACCCCACCACCAGCAUAUUUGUUAAACACACAAACUCUAUAUGUGAAGGACAGAUAAAUCACAAAAAUGAGUGACCCUUAAAUGCUGAGUGCAGAAGAAUCAUGUGUGUUAACCAAAGACAAUAUCAUGACACUUUCAAAAGACACCAUCAUGUCCAGACAUGCACACAUUCAUUUGAGAGAUUGUUGUGCUUGACACUGUGCCAUGCAUACAGGUAUGUCCACUCAGACCCUUAUGUUGCUUUAAUAUUCCUGAUAUGUUGUAUUAUCAUUUUAAAGUCCAAACACAUUUAUUUGGAAUUCUGCAGGCAGAAUUCUAGCCAAAAAUAAACAGCACUCAAAUCCAGUGCCUUUAAACACACAAAUAUACACACCCAUAUACAAACACACACAAAGAGUGCCCUGUAUGUCUGUUUUAUAUGUAACAGUGAAUAUGUGCAAUGUUUAUAUUGUAUGUUAUAUAUUUCUGAGGAGCUGUAUAUUUUAUAAACCUUUUCUGUGUAACUGCAGGACUGUGAUACUAUUGGAUUUAACCAAAACUCCCUCUGAUCCUAUUUUGUUUUUACUCUUAAGCUUAUAAAACACUUAAACAACA